ACGCGAACUACUACGAAACAAAGCAGCGCUUUUCUAGGCAAAUGCAGUCAAACUCAUUAGUCUUAGCAACAUGAUACGGUUGAUUACGGCUGCAAUUUCUAUUGUCUGGACGCUGGCAACGGCCAGCACGUUGCCCCCAAACUGGCGCGAUUUUAUCCAUCCCGAGAUGAUAUCAGCAAAUGGCGACGCAAACCCUGAUCGUUUUCACAUUGACUUAGCGGAAGGAGACAUUGUAGGGAUCGAGACAAUCCAGACGCAAGGUGCUGCCAACGCUAUGAAUGAUGUUGGUCUUUUAUGGCCGAAUAACACCGUCCCCUACGAAUUUACCCGGAAGCAGUUUGCCUCAUUUACUCCUGCAGAGAGAGAUUCAUUAUUUUGGAAUCCAUGAGCAUUAUCAGUCUCAUGACUGGAAAGUGUGUGAAAUUUGUUCCGCGGACUACCGAAGACGAUUAUAUUAUGUUUGUGAGAGGCAUUCAAUGUAUGUCUAGUAUCGGACGCAUUGGGAAACGGCAGGAAAUAGCCUUGGCGCCCAGUUGCUUAAAGCAUCACGGCGAUGUCCAGCAUGAAAUAAUGCACGCUUUGGGAUUUCUUCACGAACAGUCGCGAGCGGAUAGAGAUAAUUAUGUCAUUAUUAUCGACGAAAAUAUAGCGGAAGGCGCUAAGAACCAGUUCGCAAAGUACGAAGCGGGUAACACGUACGGACUUCCUUAUGACUAUGAAUCCAUCAUGCAUUACCCUUUCAACGCGUUCGCCAAAAACAAUGAAAUGCCAACGGUGGUGCCGAAAGCCCGCCGAUCCCGAACAGGCCAGCAUGACAACCUGAGUCCGCUUGAUGUGGCGAGAAUCCAUCGACGUUUCGGGUGCCGGGCUGCCGCAGCAAGCAGUUUCACAGGGCUACUCAACAUUCAGAUUCCAUCAGUUAGCCCGCUGCCUGCUACAACAGAAACAUCGUCAACAGAUUCAAGCAUAACCACAUUGACCUACACAGCGACAGAGAGAUCUGAGCGCAGAAUAGCAGCCGUCUGGCUAUCCAGGAAUGCACGGACUUGGAAGCCAAUCAACAGCGCAACGGUGUAUGCUACUCUGAGAGAUGCAAGCCAUCUCCCAUUUGACAGUCAAACUGCAAUUACAAAUUCUUUCGGAGAAUUCACGCUGUCCUUACCAGUAGGCGGCUCCUACACUAUAACAUUCGAGAUGCAUGGGUUUUUUCCGAUUUUCCUACAAGGUUUCCAAAGCGAUCUCCAGCUGGACGGUAAGAGCACAAUGGAGCCAUUGUUGUGGAUCAACAACACAUUUGCCGGAAAUGGGACAGCCCAAGGAAAUCUCAGAUACAUGCAGUCUGAUAGCUACGAUGAUUUCACAUACGCCCCUUCGGUAAUUGUUAACAUUCGCAACGGCCUGAACAAUGUUUCCGGGCCCAUUCUCGCGACAGCCAGAACGGAUUCGAUUGGUCACUGGAGUCAGGAUCUACCAUCGGGGUAUUACACGGCAAGUGUCAGCGCGACAGGACACAUGCCGAAAGUUUUCCCGGUCGUCGUUUGGGGUGGAGGCGGCUUAGGCACCCUUCAGUCACUGAUGCCUGACGUGUCUUACGAUGACAUUCGGAUAAUCCUCUUCAGUGCUCGGCAUAACUAUAUGCAACUGGUGGUCGAAGGGCCUCUGCAAGACAGCCAACAGCGUACACGUGUUGAAUGUCAGGGAACGAAAUCGAGCGCUGAUAAGCUGAUUCGUAACGACUAUUGUGGGCAGUGGGCCGACAGCACCGUCAUCUCGAAGCAGCUGCCAGGCACGUACCGGAUCAGCGUAUACUAUUAUGACCGCUACGGAGUAACGAGCUGGCGUUUGGCUAACUCCCUUUCUGUUGUCGAACUCCAUCGUGGUAAAAAUCUAUGGGCAAGGUAUUAUGUCCCCAAUCGUCCUGGCGACACGUGGAACGUGGCGGAGUUUAACGGGCUAAAUAUUACAACAAUAAAUGAAAUUACGACAUUGGAGCACAACAUUUAUGGCUAACCAGAGUUGCUUCUAUGUUUAACCAUAAUUUGCAUUGUGUUGUCCUCUAUCUUGCCUGCUACUGCUUCACACAUUCGGGCCUAUGUUUGCAACGGACGCGGGUAACGACUGAAAAAAGCAAAUAGGAAUGUUACGAGUAUAAAAUUAU